AUGUUAUAUCGUCCCCGUUUGCCAAAUGGUAAAAAGGCACCAUUAUCCUGGCCCAUAGUGGUUUUUCGUCUUACCAACAUUAUCUGCUGGCCACUGGAGGAUAAUGCCUCCUGGAUGGCUGUCGUUUUCGAUAGGUUCUGUUGGUAUUUAGCCUUCUUUAUAUUUGUUGUGACCAAUGAUGCCGAAUUUCGUUAUCUUCGGGUAAAUAUUAACAACAUGGAUGAGAUGUUGACGGGAGUACCAACAUAUUUGGUGCUGAUUGAGAUACAUUUGCGGGCCUUUACCUUGGGCUGGAGGAAACAGGAUCUAAGACGAUUGCUGGCAAAAUUCUAUCGGGAGAUUUAUAUUGAAAAAUCCGUCCACCCCGAAAUUUAUAAAAACAUUAGAAGCCAACUAAUGCCCAUCUUUGCACUGAGCAGUUUCUAUUUGACCGCCUUGAUCUCCUAUAUUCUCUUACCAAUUUAUUUCCUCUCGAUUGGUAGUCGUGAAUUAAUGUACAAAAUGAUACCGACCUUUGACUAUACUCCACUGUGGAUAUAUUUGCUCUGCUGCCUUAGCACUUUAUGGGUUGGUUUCAUUGUGGCCACAAUGAUGUUGGGUGAGGCCACGGUUCUCUCUACUUUGGUAUUUCAUUUGAAUGGUCGUUAUCUUAUGAUGCGUGAAAAACUAAUGGCCAAGGUAGAGUUGUUGUUGGAGAAGAGGAGUCGUUAUGAAAAUAUUACCGAGGAAUAUAAGAAAAUUCUUGUGGAAACUCUGCAAGAAAAUGUGGCACUGAAUCGAUUUGCCCAGGAAAUACAAGAGGAGUACUCGUUUCGUCUAUUUGUCAUGGUUGCAUUUAUGGCUGCCUCGUUGUGUGCGCUGGGGUUUAAGGUUUAUACGAGUCCCAUUACCAGUAUUGGCUAUAUAUUUUGGGCAAUUGGCAAAAUCCAGGAAAUCAUUGCCAUUGGCACAAUGGGUUCCACCAUCGUGACAAUUACCAAUCAAAUUAGCUCCAUGUAUUAUGAAUCCAAUUGGGAAUUGAUAGUUUUCCAAUCGGCGGAUGCCAAGGCCAAUGCCAGACUUAUGAAAUUGGUGCAUUUGGCCAUUGCCACAAAUAGUAAACCAUUUUCAUUGACGGGUUUAAAUUUCUUUACCAUCUCCACGACCUCGGCAUUAGCAAUUCUUCAAGGAGCUGGUUCAUACUUCACUUGUCUCACAUCAUUCCGUUGA